UGAGAGGCUACGAAGGAGCUUUGGCACUUGCAGACAUGUUGAAUGGCCCACUAAUGAGCCACGCUGUCACUUUCGGGGGAGGUAAGAAGUACAUCUCAUUCCCUGCGAGGAAUCGGCAGGCGGUCGAAGGACCAAGCAAUGAGCGUGGGGAGGAAUUUCGAGGUCUGGAAUCCCUGGCAACGGCUGCUGUGUUUUCUACGAAAGGACAAGAAAGCAUUGCUGAAGGGCUGGCAAGUGAAAACAGCUUGGAGCAACACAUGAUGAAUCAGCAGAGAGUCUGUGAAAUGUGCAAAUCGAUGAAUGAUGGAAGUUACGGAACGGGACGUUUCUGCAGCAAAGCUUGCCGCUACGAGGCUCAUGCUCUGCGUGUUGCGCAGCAGCGGAGGAAUCAUUCGUCCUCCACACAGCCAAUCAAAACAGAGAAGGGUGCGCCGGAUCAAGGCACAAGCCUUGCUCAUGGUGUGAAGAUUGAAGGAGGAACUGUAGGCGUGGAACAAGAAAUGCGGAUGAGCAUAGAUGCACAUCCGAUGAAAGAGAACACCUCCAUCUCCCUUGAGGGCAAUGCCUCGGAUCAUAAAACCUCAGAUCGUACGAGGCUUUUCCCUCAAGAUUUGAGGAUGCAAUUGUUUCAGGUGGCGAAUCUAGCAGGCCUUGCUGGUGAUCAGAUGUCUGUUGGGAGCAAGAGAAAACGAUGAGUGAGAUGACGUUGCGACACAUAAUCAAGGUGAUCUGUGAAGUCAAGGAAUUAAUCCUGAAUGUAAAAAAGUUGAGUCGUUUAAUCAUGAAUAAUGGUUUUAUUUAAGUAAAUAUUCAAGUUGUGACAACGUUUUCUCAUUCAUCGGGUAGUACGUAGAGGAAGAAAAUUUCUGUGAGAGUUCUCGUUGUCAUGCAGCCCCCUUUCUGCACGUAUCUCUGCAUCUAUAUUGGACACGUACCGUAUGCGAGGGAAACUCUCCCCUUUUGAUAGUGAGCCGAUGAUUUCUU